GCACCGGUAAUACCAUUACACAACACAUUUAUUACUGAGCACAUAUACUUCCUAUUUGUUUGGUAAGAUCUAUGCACAAUAUUCUAACACUAAAUGAGCUAAUCGAUAUGGAGACUUAUACUCUGAGUAAAAUACCAUCCUGUAAGCCAAUAAUUAUUCCAAUAAAAGUUAAAGACUGUUGUUUCGACCAGACCAGUAUUGAUGCUGACACCAAGACUCUAAAGGAUACAUUCAAACAACUUGGAUUUGCCAAACCUGAAGUUUUUAAUCAGGACAGCGACAGAGAUACAAUAUUAACACAGUUGUUAAAAAUAAGUAGAAAAUCAGAAUUUACAGUAGAUAGAGAUUUUUUAUUAUGCGUUAUAAUCAGUUACUGUGAUCGUAUGAAUGGCUGUUUUAAGGACGUCAAUAGAGUUGAUAUUUCUGUUGACGAAGUAAUCCAUAUCUUUAAUACAGAAAACUGUAUAGGACUGAGAGGUAAACCGAAGAUAUUUAUUUUACAGACGGAUGAUAUAAGUAUUUCCCCAAGGGAUCCCAGUUUAUUUGGAAAGGGAUCAGAAGAAGAAACAAGACUGCCAACUCAGGCGGACAGUUUGAUUUAUCACUGUAGUAUCCGAGGUUCUAUUGAACAAUUAGAUUGGUCAGAUUCGGUCAAACAGGAGAACAAAUGGAACACUGCACAAGGGUCUAAAUUUAUUCACACAUUCUGUAAUGAAAUUAGAAAGGAACGAGGUACUGAUAUACACCAAUUAACAUUUAAAGUAAAUUCUGCAAUGAAAGAGUAUGUGGAUGACAUUAAUAGCCGGAAACUUAAGGAAGAUGAGCUAAGCAAACAUCUAGAACUUCCGAUCUGCACAUCACAGCUACUACGAAAAUUUACACUUUGCCAAAGACAGAAGGAAACAGAAGUUUAAUUCUAGUGAAACAAUUUCUAUAGAUAAAAAGUUUCGUGUAUUGUUUGACAUGUUGGAGACGUUUCUUAGAAAAUGUUCCACUUUAUAUCAGAAGAAAACAAACUUUCAUUCUUAUUUUCUUGUUUUAAACAUAAUUUUUUAAACCAAUUCAUGUAGGCAUCAUGCUUAAAUGUAUGAUUUCAAACAGGUAAAUACAUCAGUCUAGAUAAAGCUCUUUUAAUGUUGGUCAUUUUGUACAAUUUGUAACUGAAUAAACCACUUUGACUAUUUCUAUA